AUUAUAUAGUUCAUAGAUAUUGCAAAGAGUAAAAAAAAGAUAAUAAAUUAAUAAAUAAUAUUACAAACAACUUUUUCAUAUUCUUUAUCUAUACAAAGUACUAAUGACACAAUCACUGAAUUAAAAAAAAACUUAACAUUGGAAAGUUGAAAUUUAGAAUCAAUAGUUUAAAAUUAUUAUUAUUUAAAUUAUUUCUUGAAAAUUAACAUAGAUAAUUAACCAAAUGGAUACAACAUUCCUGCCAGAAUAUUUAGAAUUACUGGUGAAAAAUUGGCUUUCGUGGAAUCAAUCACAACAAUAUGCCUCUGAAUUAGCAGAAAUACUCUUACAAAAAAAUGUGGAUAAAAUAAAAAAUAUGUUUGAUGGUCGACUGUCAUUUGGAACAGCUGGCCUGAGAGCAGCAAUGAGUCCUGGUUUUAAGCGGAUGAAUGAUCUAGUUGUCGUACAAUCAGCUCAAGGGCUUUUAUAUUACAUGUUGAGUGUCUUUGGAGAUUCAUUAAAAACAUUUGGUAUUAUUAUUGGAUAUGACGGAAGAUAUAAUAGUAGAAGAUUUGCAGAAUUGACAUCACAAGUUUUCUUAAAACAUUCUGUCAAAGUAUAUCUUAUAAAUGAAGUUUGUCCAACUCCAUUUGUAGCUUUUGGGAUAAAGUUAUACAAAUGUUGUGGUGGGGUAAUGGUGACUGCGUCACAUAAUCCAAAAGAAGAUAAUGGUUAUAAAGUAUUCUGGAAAAAUGGUGCUCAAAUCAUAUCUCCGGUUGAUAAAAAUAUUGAAAAAAGUAUAACUGAACAUUUAGAGCCCGAAGAUGUUUGGAAUACUGAAGACAUUUAUAAUAAUAAUUUGUUAAUAAAUCCAUUAAUCGAUCUGCAGAAACAUUACAACUGUUUUAUUGACAAAAUGUUGUUUCCCAAUUUGGAUAAAAAGAAAACAAAUAUAAUUUUUACGUAUACACCUAUGCAUGGUGUAGGUUAUCCUUACAUAAAAAAUGUAUUUGAAAUUGCAAAAUUCAACCCAGUGGUAGUUGUUGAGCAACAAAAAGAUCCAAACCCAGAAUUUCCAACUGUUCCAUUCCCGAACCCAGAAGAAGGACAAAGUGCAUUAAAAUUGGCAAUAGAAACAGCUGAAAACAAUUGUAGUCGUAUUAUACUUGCUAAUGAUCCUGAUGCCGACAGAUUGGCUGUGGCUGAACAUCCGAUAGGUAGCGAGGGUUGGAAAAUAUUCACUGGAAACGAACUUGGUGCUCUAUUAGGGUGGUGGGUAAUACAUUCGUACAAAAAAAUACACGGUAAAACACAUCCUAAAUUGGUUGUACUAUCAAGCACAGUGUCAUCUGCAAUACUUAAAUCUAUGGCUAAAAUUGAAGGUAUCAGAUUUGAAGAAACACUCACUGGGUUCAAGUGGAUGGGUAAUAGAGCUGAUCAGCUUUCUGCUGAAGGAUAUGACGUAAUUUAUGCUUUCGAAGAGUCUAUUGGAUAUAUGUGCAGCAGUGAGGUUUUGGAUAAAGAUGGAAUAUCUGCUGCUGUUAAAAUUUCAGAACUAGCUAUAUAUUUAGAAAAAGAGAAUAGUACAUUAUCUUCAGCUUUAGAAUUUAUAUAUAAACAAUAUGGUUGGCAUUUAUCUAUAAACUCAUAUUUUAUAUGUAACGAUAGCUUGGUGAUAAAGAAAAUAUUUGAAUCGAUUAGACAAUAUAAUAAUCAGCCAAACAAUUAUCCAAAAUCUAUUCUUGGAGGACGAUAUUCAAUCAAAUCGGUUCGAGACAUGACAAUUGGAUAUGAUUCCAGUACGAUAGAUCAUAAACCAGUAUUGUCUGUAUCAACAUCGUCUCAAAUGAUAACAUUUUAUUUUGAUAACGGUUUAAUUGCUACAUUACGAACAAGUGGAACAGAGCCUAAAAUAAAAUAUUAUGCUGAAUUAUGCAGUGAUCCUGAAAAUUCUUCUAAUGUUAACAAAUUGAAAAGUGUUUUGAAUGAAAUGGUUGAAGGAAUAAUUGAAGAAUUUUUAAAACCUCAAAAAAAUUCUCUAAUUUUACGGAAUAACUAGUUAAAGAUAAAUAGAUAUUGCUCAGAUUAUUGUGUACUUAGUACAUUAAUUUAUAUGUUAUUUAACUUAUUCUUACUGUAUAAUUUAAAAUAGAUUCAAGGUUGUUAUAAACUUGAUUUUUAAAUUAAUACUGAUAUUUUACUAGUUAUUGAA